UUAAUUUCAGGACAUUACUUGACAAUGAGCCUGAAUGGCUUCCUACGAAUGGAGUUUAUGAUUGAUGGGAGCACCGAGAAUGAGUACACGAUAAACCUGCGACUCAAAGUGUGCAUGGAAAGUGCAUUUGAAUGUAACCGUGACAUUGAAAUACUGCGAAACCACGUUGUGAGACGAAAAUGUGAAUUUAAACCAUCCUUUCAAAUACCAGGCUUCACAUUAGAGGGUUGGAAAUCUAACAAUUCAUUACCACCUGAUGCUAUACUGACAGACAAACAAAAAGAUGAUCUGAUGCAACAAAUGGGCUUGAAUCUUUUUCUUCUGAAGGAUCCAUGUGAAAUAAGAGCUAAUUUAACAGAAGAUGGCCUUGAGGUCGUUCACUAUGAGCCGAACGCUUCAUGUAUAGCUACAAAAGAUAAUACAAGUUACGAUUGUUGUAUUGAGUCAAAAGUUUUUGGAAAAAAUCUGUGGAUGAACUUUACUCUAGACCCAUGCAAUUAUAGAAUGGUGAUGAAUCUGGAAAAUAUUCAACAAAAAUACUCUUUGCUUGGCUAUGAAUGGGGAACUUUACAUUCAUUGUCAACAAAAGGCAUCUGGCGUACAGAGUAUAUGGUGACAAACGUGCAGUCGCAGCACGGGUUUGACCUAGAUAUAUCGCUUCAACAAUGUUAUGAGCCAACGUGUAAACAGUCACCGCUCAUCGUUGCUAGAGACAUCCAUAUCCCUUAUCCAACGUGCGAAAACGUCACCAAAAAUGAUACACGUCAACCAUAUUACGGAAUAACAUACGAUUUUUGGAGGCAACCGAUAUGCACUACUGAAAACUUAAACGCAUCAGCAAGUGCAUGUGAUACAUUACCAGACGAGCUUCAGAACAGUUGUGCUUGGUUGCCUGAUUGCUCAGGAAUCCAGUGUUGUACGGAAUUUCAUUUCAGUGAGGGCAAACGAAAUGUAUUGUUAGAAUUUCACCGUGAUUGUGCAAAUAGCAAGUUCCAAUAUGGAAUUGAAAACAAGAAAUGGAAUAGACCAGUUUCAGAACUUAGCAGACCUAUACACGAGGCUAUAGCUGAUGCGAUCUUUAUUGAUAUGAAUGUAACUAAUACAGCAUCAACAACAUAUGAUGUAUCAGUAACCGUGAUAGUAUGCACAGGCACCCAGAAUUCGUAUGAUUGUCAACUUAAUUUCCGAAUGUCACAAUCAUUAAAAUGUUCGUCUCGCAAGAGACGGCGACGAAGACAGGCUGUUGAAGAUGUGGUUACACUUGGGAUGGACAUAAAAGAAGGGAUGACAACUUUGUAUAACCGAGGAACAUCGGAAGAAGCUCUACAGCAGUACUAUUAUGAUGCUAUUGAUCACCAGGAUGGUUUGAAAGCUCAUGUGUGGGAAGGCGAACAAUUGAGUGAUUCAGAUUCUAGUACUGGUUAUGCAGCUACCGUAAAGGCAUUAGGAGAGCACAACCCUCAAACAAUAAAACACAGAACAUCAGAAGGCUAUGUUAAAGAAGAUAUUAAGGGUGCCGAUAAAAUCGUAGAUAUGAUUGGUGAAGUAAAUGACAUUGUUACUCGAACGGAACAGGUGUUUGUGGUUGGAAUGGGACUGUCAAAGAAAGGAACGGAGUUACUCGGUGCAGAUCUUGCAAAUAUGACUAUUGGUGAUUUGGAAGCAAUGCUGGAAACUAAUAAAGUCGACCCAACCGUGAUUGUGAAAGUUGUUAAUGAUUUUAUAGAUCUAGCUAAAGCAUUGUAUUCUGAAGUUAUUGAAAAAAUAUUCAACGGAGGCCUUGGCAACCCAUUUAAAUCCUUCGACAUCUCAUUGACUGGAACAUUUAUGAUACCGAGGACACACAUCUUAUUCUUUGAAUUCAAUAAAGAAUUUAACAUCGGUGGUUUCAUUUCAUUGACAUUUUCAUUUGGGGCUGGAGGUUAUUAUGGUUUAAAUCUUGGAUGGGAAGGAAAACUUAUUGCUAUGACAGCCGGAGCAACGGUCGUACCUUACGGAGGCUUGACUUGUUGGGGAGAAGUGGGAAUAGGUUAUGUUUUAUAUGGCAAGCUCCGACUUGAAGGUGAUAUCAUGGAUCUAAGGUUUCCUACACGUGCUGAAAUUGGAUUUUCGAAAUUCCCAUUAGAUGUAACAUUGAAAAUGGAUAUGGAACUAACUCCAGUCCGCCUGCGUUUAAGUGCAUUGGUUACGCUUGAAGUGGAGCUUGCAUUUAUCUCAUUUAAGAAGAUCCUUUUCAGCAGCAACAUUUGGGAAUAUUCAACGCCAACUAUAAGAAAGAAUAUGAUCGACGUUUCAACGAAGGAACAAGACGAAUCACCACCGCAGUUCGCGCCCGUAGUUAACAAGAAAGGCGGUCGCAUGAAAAGGUCAGCCUCUACGUGUGAUAUAAGUCAAAUUAAGAAUAGAGAUUAUACCGAACCAGCAUUUGAAAUAUCUGUAGCAGCAACAGACGACAAAAGUAACGUUAAGUUUUUCCUCGACGUUGGCACUUUCCCAGCCGGAAGUAACGUUGUUAAUAACCGUCAGCUUGGUGGAUCAUCAACUGUCUUAGCAACAUCGAUAGAUGAAUAUCCGUCCGGAGAGCCAUUGUAUUUCACGGUUUAUGCUGAAAAUAGUGCUGGCACUAGAGCAAGUGUAACAUGCAUGCUUUCAACUUACGAUACUACAGAGCCUACCGCCAGAAUUUCUCCAGCAUUCCUGUCAACGAGCAAUCCGAAUGUCAUUAAAGCAUCGGUGUUAGUUCACGACGACUCCCUAAUCACUGAAGCCUACAUAGGUGUUGGAUACGGAAAAGGGAGUUAUGGGGAUCAAUUGAUUCCGUGGACACUGCAAAAAAUAUAUGAGAGAUCACAUGUUCUUUCGGGUGGUGAUCCUUUAAAACAGUUUUCCGACUUAGAAGAUGGAAAAUUCGUAUCGCCUCCUAUCUCAACUAAACAUAAAGUAUCGACAGUAACUGCCUGUGCACAAUCUUGUCUAGCACUUGAACAUUGCGUUAGUUUCAAUUACGAUUAUGGCCUUAGUGGAACAUGUGAAUUGCUUCGGUCAGUCAGACAAUUUGAUGACACUCUUGCAAAGUCCGGCCUCUUCUGUCAUUUUGAACGGCUGUCAAGUGGCCACUCUGUCGAUGUCAACAGUUUUAACCUUGACCUGCGACACAACCGUCUUCAUUAUGUUAAUAUUGACCUCAAGAAUGUUCUAGGCUACAGGUCAAUUAUUCCAAGUGCUGGAAUAUUAACGGACUUUACAUGUCCAGAACCUGGACCUAUCGUCAAUUCCUCGAAAGAUGCUUUGACAACAGAUGAUUGCCUUUCACUGAUACCUCCAGACCGACCGGAACUUAAUAGAUACUGUAUCGGUAUAUAUUCCAAGAGGCUAAAUCACAGAUUGAUUAUUGACGGCGAGGGGUCCAGAACGGUGUUCAAUGGUGACAAACCUGUAUUCGAUCUAAAAUACACCAGGAGUAAUAAUUACAUCGCUGGUAACUGGGACGGUAUAACCGAUGGUGAAACUGGUAUACGUGCAUAUGCACUUGCAGUCGGAAGACACAUUUGUGAAGACUCUAUCCAUCCUCAUCAUGACCCACAUAAACAUUUAAUGCACGAAUCACAAUGGACAAACAUGGCGAUAAUUACGGCAACCGCCGAUUAUAAUCCAUUCCCACUUCCUUCUGGAAAGUACUACAUGACUGUAAGGGCGAUUAAUAAGGUUGAAUACGGUGGACCACUUGCAACAACAGUCUGUCAUACUGUACCGUAUAUAAUUGAUAUAACAAAUCCAUUUGUUCACGAAGUUUUCGACAUUAAGUAUGACGAAUUGCAAUAUGUUGUAUCAGCAGAACAUAACUCAACGGACUUUGAAUCUGGUAUAGACACAGUCGAGUUCUGUAUUGGAGACAAUCCACGAAAUUGUAAGCUGUUGAAAUGGACAAGAAGACCAAAGUCGCAGUACAUUAAUUAUACACAUCAAAUACCUGACGGUAUACCUGCUUGGAUUCGUUUACGUGUUACAAAUAAUGUUGAGUUACAUGCUGUCGGAAGAGCUGAUCAAGCUAUCAUUGUCGACGCUAGUCCGCCAAUAAAUGGAACUGUUUUCGAUGGCCCAUUGUUUAAAGAAGAUUUACAAUAUACCAAAUUUUCAAAAAAAAUCUGUUUGAAUUGGUAUGGGUUUUACGACCCCCAGUCAGGAAUUCACUCCUAUGAAAUUGGAGUCGGUACAUCACCAGGAUUGACCGAUGUAGCACAGUUGAAAACUCUAAAACAUAACGACCACUCUUAUUGUGUGGACUUGGAUGAGAAUUCUACACUGAUACAUGACCAUGUUUAUUAUCCAAUUGUAUGGGCGAAUAAUGGAGCCAUUAACCAAAAGAACAUUUCAGGAAUAUCAAAUGGAGUUCGUGUUGACUUGACGAAGCCUAUUGCUGGAACAGCUGUUGAUGGAACAGUCAAAAAUUUAACAGAUUUAGCGUUUAGCUCGUCAAAGUCGACCGUUCAAGUACAGUGGGAUUAUUUUUAUGACAGAGAAUCAGGUAUUCGAGAGUACGACAUACUGGUUGCGAGAAAAGGGCAUGGUAGUGACUGGACUAUAAUCAAAGACUGGUCGAAGUUUGCAAAUACAUCAAAAACAGCUGAGUGGAGAAACUUUCAUCUGAACCACAAAGACGAAAUAAAAACUACUGUCAAAGCAACAAAUGGUGCUUUAAAUGACGUCGAGAUAGUAACCGACGGAUUUAUUGUAGACCUGACUCCGCCUUUACUAGAGCAUUUUAACGACGGGUUAAUCAAUGGAAAAGAUUUGGAAUUUCAGGUUGACGCUACCGAAGCUCAUGUGAAUUACCAGUUUAAAGACCCUGAAUCUGGAAUAAAAGAGUUAAGAUACCAGCUGCAUGAACAGAAGCAUGGAACGAUGAGGCAGAUAUAUCCAGGACUAAAAGGAUUGUGGAUCGAGAUAAGGGAUACAAAUGCUACAAAACAUACUGAGUCAGGAUUGACACUUUCUGUUGGACAUAAAUAUAUAUCAAGACUUGUUGCAAUAAACGGUGCUGGUCUUAUCUCAACAUAUGAAACAAAUGGCUUCAUUAUAGAGAACACUCCACCAAAGAUUAGAUGGAUUCGUGUUGGUGUACUGAGCGGAUUGGAGCAUUUACUAGACGGUUAUGUUUAUCAAUCUGACCAUGAAGGCAUUAAAGUUUACUGGUCGGCAAGUGACCCAGAAAGCGGAAUAACUGCAAUCCAGUACUCGGUUGGAACAACUAAAGGUUCAGACGAUAUUAUGCCGUGGACAGAGACAGAGACAACGUCUAGCAGUGCAUAUCUACCAUGCUCGUUGAACGAUACAGAUACAGACAAUUCUAACAAACCAGUUUAUUAUGUGUCACUGAAAGCUAAAAAUGGAGCAGGUCUUUGGAGCAAUGUGAAGAAUUCUUCUCCUAUUAUUGUCGUUUCAGAAGAUGUUACAGGCAUUGUCCAUGAUGGACCGUUUGAAGAUUGGACAGACGAUUUAGAUUACCAGGCUGAUGCACACGCAGUGACAAUGAGAUUCUCUGGCUUUGAAAGCAGUUUACAUGGUAUAAUGUCAUUUGACUGGGCCAUUGGCACGUCGCCUGGUGCGGAAGAUGUACAGCCCUUCCUUGAACACGGAAUUAUCCACAAUGAGGAGGAAGAUGUGAUUGGAAACGGUUUAACAAGUUCAGGGUUUGCACAAAUAGUUGUUAAUCUUGAUCAUGGUGGAACAUAUUUUACCACACUUAGAGCUAAAACAAACAAGGGUGACAUUUUACAAGCUAUAACAAAUGGGUUUAUAGUUGAUACAACCAGGCCAGAAGUUAAGUUUAACAAAUUGUCAGAAUUAACAACAAUACAUCAACAUGCCGUUUUUUAUCAAAAAGAUGAGUCAGUUCUCAGUGCAGUAUGGAAUUUCUCGGACCCUGAAUAUAUAGAAAGAGAUAGCAUAAACAAUAUAGAUUUAACGUGGUUUUCAGUUGGAGCAAUUCCUAACAUAGACAAUAUCUAUAACAUGACUUACCAAAAUAUUUCAUCGGAGACAGAGGUUUCUCUUCCCGUAGCAGAUGUAAGGCCAGCACUUCAAGGUACACCAAAUGUGAUUAAUGUUGGAGUAAGAAACAAAGCUCGUCUAGAAAAGUCAAUCACUUCGCCACCGAUCAUUCAGGAUAACACUGCUCCACUUGCCGGAACUGUUGAAUGCCCAGACUUUGUUCAGAGUCAUUCAGCUAUAGAAUGCUCCUGGACUGGUUUUGUUGAUAAGGAAAGCGAGAUUGCAAAAUAUUACAUCACUUUUGGCUCUAAGUCAGGAUUCGAUGACUUGGGGCUAGCUGAAGAAAUUCCGGGAGAUAUAAAACUAUUUUCUGCAAAAGAUGUUGUAAAGGAUCAUAAUGAUAAGAUAUAUGCGACCGUUGCGGCUGAGAACAGAGUAGGACUAACAGUAAGGGCGUACUCUAAAGUUAUUGUUGUCGAUGAUACUCCGCCAACUGCUGGUGUUGUUGUCGAGUUAUCAAGUGUAGCACGAAUUGAUCCAAACAAUGUCGACAAAACUGUUCAAAUGAAUAGGAAAGCAUGUACAACGAAACAAGAAUGCCAGAAAAUUGAUGCAGUUUGUACUGAGGCAUUCACACACCUGUCUGCUGCUUGGACUCACUUCAGUGACGAUGAAUCAGAAAUUAUUAAAUACCAGCUGGCUAUUGGAACUUAUCCUGGGGGAGCAGAUAUAUCACCUUUUAUAUCUUUAUCACCAGAAUUGAAUCACUAUACAGUGAAGAAUAUAGAUCUUAAAGGACAAAGACAGGUGUUUGCGACAGUCAAGGCAUCCAAUUUUGCAGGACAUACAACCAGUGCUUAUUCAAAUGGAGUUUAUUUAUCGUAUCUAAGUCAAGGUUUACCGCCCCUUAAACACGUCGGUAUAUAUGAUUCGUCCCAACAUUCGGUCGGAGAUGUAGAAUUUCAGUCUGACACUAACACGAUUGAAGCAAAGUGGGACGUAUCUGGUGACCCAUGUCCUGUGGUUAAGUACGAAUGGUCUGUCAAGGAAACGGAUGGAACCGUUAUACAAGAUUAUAUUGACAUGUUUACCACUACAAGUGGAAGCACUGAUCAGUUAGAUUUAAAAGAAGGACGACGAUACUACAGUCUUUUAAGAGUUCAGAACAUAUUAGGGUUUGUAUAUACAUUGCGGUCAAAUGGAGUAACGAUAAGUUCUAACCCGUUGCUGCCUGGAAUGGUAUAUGAUGGAGAUGUAACAGGAUAUGACCUAAAGGUAUUAUCUUCACGUGCAAUGGUAUCGGCAAACUGGGAAGGCUUUGGAGAAUUACGACAACCUAAAGGUGUUAGUGAGAUCUUAACAGGAAAUAAAGGUGUUGAUGCAGGGGACGAAGUUGAUCCGGAUCAACAAGUUGCUUUCUAUGAAGUGGCUCUAGGAACAGAUAGAAGGUUUAAUAAAACAAGGGACAAUGUUGUACCAUUCACGAACGUUGGUUUGAAUACUUCUGUGACUUUCAAAGAUUUGAACCUUGAGCCAGGAUUUGCUGUGUACUACUUUACAGUGCGGGCAUUUAGUGCAUCCUCUUCUUCAGCAACAAUAACUUCGAAUGGAUUCUUUGUUAGUUUUGACGGCGGUGUUUCUGCCGGAUCAAUUACAAUGCCGGACUACAUAAACUCGGACAAAACCAUAAGUGUACAAUGGAAUGACUACACCUCUAACGUUGGCAUUAUGUUAUACUACAUUGCAAUUUCUGAUCACCAAAAUACUACAUCAGGGGACUGUAGAAGAUAUGUCGAUGGUGGUAAAGCAACUGAUAAAGAAAAAGAAGAUUUGUUCAAUGUUUAUAAUGUAACUACUGUGGGAGUCAGUACAUACGUAAACAUUGACAAGCUAACGUUGACGCAAAACUCAACAUAUUUUCUAUAUAUAUUAGGGCUAGAUAAAGCUGGCGAGUGUAACAUGACAUACAAGAGAUUUACGGUUGAUGUAACACAACCAGAAAACGGCAAAAUAACCGCUGGACCAUAUUUUGACAUGGCUUUAGCAUAUACUAGAUCUAAAACAGAAAUUAAAACGAAAUGGGAAGGGUUCAAUGAUGGAGAAUCUGGAAUCGAUACAUUUAGACUGACGCUAUGGCACGCUGGACUUUGCUCGGCUGAAACAACAAAGACAUUAAUGGAAACUAUUAUGGUGUUUGGAAACUACACUGAAUACAGAUUCACUAAUCUAAGCAUUGAAUUAAAUACAGUUUACCAGGUGAAAAUAGAAGCAAUAAAUCGCGCAGGAUUAAUAACAUCAGCUGAAACUUCGCCUAUAUUAUUUGAUAAUUCUAUGCCAACAGCGGGUCAUGUCAGUGAAGGGUCUGACUUCACAGAAGACCUGGUAUGGUGGGGAUUUACAGACCAUAUGAAAGGAACAUUGUUACAUAGCGCUAUUUAUGUCAGUGAUCCAUGUCCGUCGAGAAACAUUGCAAUGACAGACAACGCAUGGAAACCUGUUGAAAUAAAACACUUAAAUGACCCAGAUGAAAUAGACUGGAAAAUUCAACACCGAGCGGUAAAUAUUCGUUACGAUGCAUAUGACGACUCAGUGAACAUUAAGAUUGCCAGGGAUUCAAAGGCAGAGCGAAUUUAUUCAGCAGCAUAUAUGCGUAAAGCAGACAUGAAAGAUGAUGGAAUGUACGAUUUAUCAAUUCGGGCUGCUGAUGGAGACGGUAUGGCGGUUACAGGCGUCACAUUCUGGGAUGGUGAUGAUAAUGACUUACAUAUAUUUAAUCAUCAAAUUAAAGCUUGGACUGACCUUGGUUCAUGUAGCUGCUGCCUUGAAUCUAAAACUACUGGUUGUGAUUGUAAUUGCGAUGAGUACAUUGGGAAUUUGAAUAUGUAUAAUGGGACAGUUAAUGAAAAUACAACCGGUCAAAACAAGUCAUUUGAUAUAGAUGGGCCUUCUGUCAUUGUUUCACAGCAAUCAUGUGGUUUUCAAAUAUAUGCAGGACAAGAACCAUAUGUAGUGACGUGGUGUAAAUUUUUCAACAACACUGAUAAAAGUAUGUCUGUAAGAUCAGAAAUUGAUUUUAACCCAUCGACGGACUUUCACCAUUACAGAAUUGCUUUCUUUAUAGUAAAAGAAGAUAUCUCGGCAACUACUUGUAUAAACGUGUUUGCGGAUGGGAUACAAAUAUCAGAGAUGUGCGGAUUGCCUCCGCUAAGUAUUCACACAAAAUUAAUUUUACACGUCUGGAAUAAAGACAACAUAGUUCCAGCUUUAGAUGUUUUUAAUCUCUGGCAAGCCACUGCUGCUUUCAAAGACCUUGUCAUGCCACCAGAUGUAAACGCAUUAUGUCGAUAUGGUUACCCAUUCCAAGGAGGAACAAAUGCGAUUGUAAAGUAUGAGGCAGGUAUUGGAAAAUCACCAGGGGCGGUUGAUAUGGUACCAUUCCAGGAGGUUAUUAAACCUUGUUUACCUUGUAUAAAUGCAUGUUCAAAAUAUGAUUGUUCAAUCGACUGUAAAUCGGAUGGCUACAACUUAACAGACUUUACUAUCAAAGAUAUUGAACUGGACGCUUCCUUUAACAAUACACUGUACAUUACAGUAAAAGCUGUCCUUGGAUCAGGCGGUGAAGUAAUUGCAUCCUCAAAUGGGUUUUACAUUGACAUUACUCCGCCGUUAUUUGACGAACAAGUGAUGAUGUAUAUAGAUGUACGGCAAGGAGAGUUUACGCCAUCUGACUUCCAAGGAUCAAACAAUACAAUAAAAGCAUUAUGGCUGUGCAAUGAUGACAAGAGCGAAAUAGAGGAGUAUAAAUGGGCUAUUGGAACAGACGUCGGCUUUGAAGAUUUGCAGCCAUAUACAUCAACUGGAACUGUUUCAACGGCAAUAAACGACCAAUUAGAAGGACAACUUGAACAUAAUACAACAUAUUUUGUUAGUGUAGCAUGCACGAACGCGGCAGGUUUAACAACUGUUUGGGAAGACAAGAAAGGCAAGAAUUUAUCUUAUCCAUCAUUUUAA